AUGAUCUGCUCUUCUGUGCCAUACACACCUGUGCAUUACCAGCCCGAUACAUUGGACACAUUGCCGGGUAUUGAAUUUGCUUUGGACCUGCUCUACAAAAUGCAUGAGGAUGCGUCGAGGAGGCUGAAACCGUCCCAAAUCAACGCAUACAUUCAUGAAACACUCCGCCAUGUCUGCCAGCAAAAGGCUUCCUUCCAACAGAUCUUUCGUUUGAUUGACCGGACCCUGCCGAUCAUAGCCAUUGAAAAUUUCAAUGAUCUUACUCAGCUCUUGCUCACGGAGUUGAUCCGUUACUGGUCGAUUGCCCAUUUUGGCACAGCUAGUGAGACAGAAUCUCCCACGAAAAGGUUACUCCAUCGGGCUCAUCCAUCACGGCCCUCGGCGGAUGAUAGAGAAAGGUUGGAGGCUUUGUUGGUUCACGUGAUAAGAUUCCGGUGUCCAGUGCAGGUAUCGCACAUUGGUCGCAGCCCAUCACUGUUUGAGCCCAUACAAACAGUCUUGGAAGGGACCGCAGCGGAAGUGCGAUGGCCGCUCAUCAAGCUAUUCUGUCGCCAUUCCCAAGAGCUUGAGAUAGACCUGGACCUUCCUCCGUCCGAAAGAGAACGGAGGUUCCUUGCCUUCUGGCCCCACAGCAUCUUGAAUCUUCUGCCAGCAACCGACAUCAGGCAGCUCUUCGACAGAGUGCCACUACUGCAUGGCUAUACCGAGUAUCUACCUGUACUUGAUGGAGAAGGAAACCUGCUGUCAUGGCCUGCUCAAUGUCAGCUGAAGGCUCGAUGCGAGGCCACCGUGGCGAGGACGGAUGAUGAUUUCCCAGCGACAAAAGCCGGGAUUUUCUGGAUGACACAACGAGCAGAGAACGACAAAGACCCUGCAAUGAGGUCAUUCUGGGCGAACCAAGCUGUAGAAACUGCGCUGGUCAGCACAUCAUUGGCAAUUUUCAACCAAGUUAUGCAAUGGUCCACACGGUUCAUACGGGACAGUAUCGUAUUCCCUGAGUUGGUCCAGUCUUACAUACUCGGCUCUGAAUCAUCUAAACUGCUGGGAUGUGUUGAAUCAAGCUCGACGGGUGGACCCACAACACUGGCUGCGUUACAACGAACACAACAAGCCGACGACAACCUAAUGCGCAUACUCGCCAUUUUGACGAAAGCAUCCAAGGAGCCACUGGACCAUACACGAAUCACUGGUGGCAUAAUGACGUUCCUCGAAAGCGUAGUGGCGAAUAGAAUGAGAUCAUUGCGUAUGCACCAAAAGCAGUUUGCCGCAAGCGAGGUCGAUCUCGCCGUCAUGAUGUUAGGUCCGUUGAUCGAAAAUCUCCUCCGAUAUGACGAAGAAGGACAUGAACUCAACUGGUGGGUGGAAGGGCGUCCGAUGCUGUCGGGGCUGGACAUUCAACGCUUCAAUUCCCCAACAUUUCUUUCGUUCAUGGAUCAGUUGAUCCAACGCCGUGAUAAGCUCUGGGCUUCGAAGGAGAUGGAAGGAAUGUUCGAUGACGAAGAAAUGUCCGAUGAUGAAGCGCCUGACGAUAAGCCUCAAAAGGGAUCUCCAAUGGGUCUCGCUGUGCAGGAUCUUAUCCCGUCAUAUUUGGUACCAUUUGCUGUGGAAAGGCCAGAUUCGAUCCCAUAUGCUGCGGCCAAAGUCAAUGACGUCCUCUUUGGUCCAGUUGAGGUGUUGAUGCGGCCUGUUAUAGAUCCCGAAGAUGUAGAUGAUCUGAAGGUGGAUGAUCUUGAGGAUCUCAUACGCUCAUUUGUCUGUCGUUGCAGCCGCAAGUACCGGUAUGAGCGACUUAUGCGUGUCUGGAAGCACUACGCGACCGUUCUCGCACCGCAUCCACUGCACUUGACCAUAUUCCGACACUGGCUGGCUGGAUUUGCCAGUGAAUGGGGCUGGGGGAAGGCCAGCCGGAUGAUCGACUCCACUUCAAUGCCAGAAACGUGCUAUCUAGAUCAACCUCUGGAAAAAGGCGCGAUGAAGUGGGAACCCUUCGGUCUUGCAGGACAGAAGGACGAUGAAAUUGCUCUUCUGACCGUUCUUUUCUGUCGAAUGUAUGGGAAAAUGCCAUCCACCAAUGUCGUCAUGAAGCAAGUGGAUGAAGACUUUGGCCCUGAGCGAAUGUGGUCACCCGAUUAUUCCAAGCACGUUUCGCAAACUCUCGGCAUAAGAGGCUGCGACGCUGCUGUUCUUUCGGCCUUGCUUUUCCUCGGAAACUUCACUAAGGAACCAAUUCUGUCCGAGGCUUUCCCAAGAUCAGAGGCUGCACGAUGGCCCCCGAUCGCUCUCGGCAGCCGGUUUCUCUCACUCGCAAACACGGACGUUCCAGGCGCAAUGGGCAGCGCAAUCCAAGCCAUCAGUGAUGGAAUCACAUUCGUUCCAACUCAUGUACUACGCCGCUUGACAAUGUCCUUGUUAGACAACCUAUCACCAGAUUUGGGCUCAGAAUAUUCAAUAUUCUUGGAGUGUGUUGUGGAGCUCACUAAGCUGUUUCCCUCGACGGAUCAGCCAGAGAUGGGGAUUGACGUUAUCCUGCGCAUCAUUGAGGACUUCCCCGAUGAUUCAACGUACCAUCACCACUUGAGACUGAUCAGCCUGGGAAAGGCUCUUCAUCCGGACAAGGCAGUACGUCUGGUACAGUCAUUAGUAGACGUUGUCUGCGAAAGGCUAAGCAGUCCGUUUGCACUUGUGAAAAUAACGACCGUCAAGAUGGUGGCUCAACUUGUCGCAGCCGCCGAUUUUAUCCCAACUGGACGAAGCCUGUCUAUCCUGCAAUCAAUUCAUGGCGCGUCGUCCCGAUUUGACGUGCAAACCGAAGUGAUCUCAUCGAUGUUGUCUCUUCUCGAGCGAGAUUCUGAAAAGGCUGAUAAUUCGUUUUUAUUUCUCCAAAAGCUCGGUCUUUCGACUGUCAGGACCAGCGAAACAAGCCAAAGCUCGGAACCGACCAGGGAAGAACUAGAGAGAGAGCUCCCUGACAUCUCCGGACUUUGCUCUCAACGGAACCUCGAGCUCUUCACACGCACUGCAUUCCACAAGUUGCCCGAAAACCACCGCAGCCGCUACGUCCAGGAAAUCCUGCUACCGAUGGUUGACGAAUCCAUUACUCAUCACGAAAGGUGGAUGAAACAGUUUCUUUUUCACUUUGGGGUAUUAGGGCUAGGUUCCGGAAUCGAGUUUGGCCCUUUUAUUCCCGACGCAGUUGACUUCGUGCUCAACAUCUGGCACGACUAUCUUCCUGCAUCUUUUCUACUCACCCAUCGAUCAUCUGUCCUAGCAUACACCACGAACCCUGUAUUUGAAGAAAUAAAUGACCACAUCUUCAGGUCCGCGAGAGCUCAUUCUCUACAAUAUGCCUCCGCAAUACAGCACUGGAACGUGGUUCUCGGCUACCACCGCAGGGCCAACCCAUUCCACCACCUGAACUCCCUCCUCAUGCGGGACUUGCAGCCCGCCCUGCCGGGGGAGACAGGAAUCAACGACAUAGACAUCUGUUUGGAAUACCAGAACCGCAUGGGUAUGCUCGCCCAAAGGCCCGUCAGAUUCGACACGGUCUUUGGUGAUCGCAUCGUAUCCCAUGAGACCGUCAUUCAGGGCCUGAAAAACAUACGGAAAGCGCGUGAGAACACAUCCCGAAGCCCAGAGAAUCAACUGGAACAUUACCAGUUAUUUCACGAUCUGCUGCGUGACAUCUGGUAUGUUAUUGAGGACCUGAGGAGAGAUGAGAAUAACCAUUCUCUAAAUUCAAGACUUCCGUCCGCUAUAUACUCGCAGACAAAGCUUAUCCCCUCGCCCCAUUACAAUCCUCUCAAUUCAAACCCGCUGAACGCGUUUGCAGACAAUGUGGCCAAUCUUAUCGAUCAAUGUAGUGAUCCCGUGACCGUGUUCGAUUCUCACUAUAUCGACGACAUGAUGGAGCAAGUGGAAGGGGAUUUGAUUCUGCCUCUUGCGUUGAAGAUGGGUGAACGGAUGGAUGUCGACAGUAUCGAGAUGCAGACCUCUCUGACAGCGAGGGUUGUGGCGAAGUUGCUGUCAAAGGUGAAAAGGAAUGAUAUUCGAGCGGACGCGAGGGUGGAAAAUAUGUUGCAGGACUGGAAGGAGAGUGAAAAUGAAUUCGUGAGCCGGACGGCGUGGGAAAUUGAUGGUUACUUUGCAACCUUGUGA